UUAAGGGGACACAUUCAUCCAACGGACAUAUUUUUUAGUCAUUUCUAUACAAGUGUGUACUGCUUUUGCCUUAAAUGUCGCGAAUUAUUUCCGAUGUUUUCAGCUGUGGGCAGCAGCAGCACCUUGAUACGAGAGUGCCCGGAGCGAAAUAGACUAAGCUCACUGCUAAAUAUAUAGCCGGUCUUUGGUUUAACCUUGAAACCUUUAGCCAACAACGCUAGUUCAACAAAUAAGCGAUGCUUCUGGAAGUGAACUUUUACGUGUUUUACCGCGAAACUCGGUAGAAAGCUGACGGAUGUUUGACUGAGUGAGACAAUAUUGAAAGACACAGCGUGUAAUAGCGAGCGAGGUGAGACCUCGGGAGGGUUGUCGCGACACGUGAUCCAUUAUCGUGACUCUCAAGAACGCAUCUCGCACUUGAGCGCUUUCCAACAACAUCAUUCUUGCAGAUAAUGGAAUUAUAAAUUACAAGAGUCGCGUAUUGACUUGCAAGCGAUCCAUUAGACUACAAACAUAGCGUGAUAAUAUCCAAAACCAGAUUUAAAGGCUUUUUGGCGAAAACAGGCUCGAAAAGCGACCUAAAAAAGCUCUUGGUCAGAGAUGUAAUUGCAGCACUUGAUUGCCGCAGAUAUCGCGAUACCUUUUCUGAAUAAAAAGAAAAAUCAAAUAAGGAUAACAGUAAAAAAGCCGCUGGUGUUAGUGUGUGUGUGAGGUGUAAUCUCUUCGCCGCUAUCGGGCACGUACCCAGAAUUUGCUUUGCCGAGAGGGAGGGGGUGGGGGAUUGUGAUGCGCAAGCAUAGAGAUUUAGCAAUUCCUUGAAAAAAUAAGACGGCUUUUUAGAGGCCAAAUGAGGUUCCUCCCUAGUUACGCGCCUUGCUCUAGGCGUUGUUAGUUGCCCAAGAUUGGUUAUGAGCGAUGGAGACAACAAAGGCCUUGUUGGGUAUUAAACUGCGCGGACUAGCGCUGUUUGGAUUUGUUGGUAUCCGCAUGAGAUCUCCCAUUAAUAAGAGUCGUUAUUCUAUAAAACCGGAAAAUAAAUGUAAUUUAUAUUCAUGAUUUUAUUUUUAGCGCAGUGCGCUCAAGCAAAACUUGUCAGUGGGCCGGAAAAAGGGUGGUCCGUGCUCGAUCUGAUUGGAGUGUAGAAAAUGGUUUAUUUGGAGGCAUUCUUAUUCGGACACAGUGACACGCGCGUCAAAUGAUCUCAGACAUCUAAAUGUUUUGAUUAUUACAUCCUUGUUGAGCGAUCUCGAUUACAUGUGGCGGCGCGCUGGUUUGUCGCGGUUUUUGUUUUAUCUAACGUUAUACAAGUAUCGCACUAUCGGGUAAGACGCCAUGUUGUGACUGUUAAAAUUCGUGCUUUUCAGCAGUUGCCUUUUUUUGGGAUGCUUUCCUUAUCAGUUUGCUUUUGAAGUGCCCUUACUAGAGCCUCGUUUGCAUGUGCUAUUGCUUGGUUCACAAAUUCGCUCUUGUUGAUUCCCGGAUCUGAUGGAUUUGUAACUUGUCAGUUCGAUUGAUCUCUAUUAACUCUGGAACAUUCACGAUAAUUCGGCACUCUUCGUACACAGGUAUUUCAAUGUGAUAUUCCUAUUCGUUUUUCCUAAGAGAUGCAGUUUUUACGCAGGGGGUGAUUUUGUAACGGGUGACAGAGUGCACAUUAUUUAUCACUUGAUUUAUCUCUCCUUUUUUCACCAUUUCUUGCGGCAACUAGAUAAUAUGAUAUUAAACCAGAAACCAACCUGAUACCCCACUUCAUACUCCAUACACAGCAUUUUAAGAGCUUUACUUAAGGCUCACCAUUUGGGUAAUGGAAAACAUUUAGUAACAUUUCUAGGCUGGAUACCUAGUGUAUGGGUGGGCAGAUUACCAAUGAGAAAUUGAGGGGUAUCAGAAAAUAGAAAUUGACAUCAUAAUAACAAUGAGCUUAUAACAACACCCCUGAUUUAAAAUCAAAAUACUUCAAACUUAAUUUGAGCUUUUUAAGUAUUGCCUCUGGAAAAGUGGAUAGAACCCAUUUCGAUUAUGAUACUUUUUAAGUAAAAUGUGUUGUUUUGAUACCACACUAACAUAAAUUGUUGGGUGACAUAAACUGGCCUUUUGCUUCGCAUUUUCGGGGGCUUAUAUAAAUAAAUAAUUGUUUUUCUCUUGUUGCUGUUGUUUGAUUGUAGACGGCAACUUUUGAUCAACGUCUGUAAAACUAACUAAAACAAAAGCCGCAAAAUGCACAAAAAAGAAAAUAAUUUUGAGUGAUUCGUUCACACAAAUUAAAAAAAAUGCAAAACCAUCAAUUAAAUCAAAUGGAACCAAGUUUCUUACACAAGAGCGGUUUAUAUCCGCAACCUUACCCCAGAUUGGUCGAUACAAAUUCUAAAUGAAAGCAUUUCAAAAUCUAAUCUUAAAUGAACGCAUUUCAAAAUCUAAUCUUAAACAAUAACGCUAUAGAAUUUGUGAAGAAUUCUUCACAAAUCGUUAAAGACUGUCGCAAGAAAUACCAGAAGAAUAGAAUAAACGAACCGAAAGGAUGUUUGACAUUAACGGAUAUUAUUUAUAGGAAACAGUCGGAUUGCUCAGAUAAUGUUCCUUGUUCAUACGUCGCAUUCUUUAUUUUGAUCUUUUUCUCUAUUGACGUCAACAGAACUUCAUAUUUACUUGCCUUCCCUUUUUCUUCUGUUAAAGGAGUAUAUCAUAGCUUCAUAAAAAUUUACGCCUAAGUAAUCCGCUUUCCAGGCACGCAUUUAUUCAUCCACUCGUCGAUUAGUUGUUGCUUUCGUAGGUUAAAUUUUGUUGUCGUUUGAAUUCAUAGAAUGUCGGUAGGUGAAAGCGAAGACUUCUCGACUUUUCAAUAAAGACUUGACUGCCGUGCGGCGACCACAGUCAUCUCCUCAAAACUGUUCGCUCAGCCUUUAGCCGUCUUUAACCCGAUUUAGACAGAGCUUCAAAACGUGGAAAAGGUAAUGUUCUUUGGUUAAGUGUUAUAGACAGGUGAGUUAAUCCACUAAACGGAAUGAACCUGGACACAACUCGAAUAUCUCUGCCUUCUAGGUUUACAAUGCAGUAAUAAUCUCGCAAUAAGGAUUUUUUAUUUGUUAGCGCGCGUUAAAUUGAGAUUGAGGAGUUGUGAGGUAAACGCAACAGUAGUCUCACUCACUAAGAAUUGUAGCUCGUUUGGUAUUCAAUAGGGCUCGAGAUUCCAGUCAGGGCACAGCUGAACAGCCUAUGGGUAAUCUUCUGGCGCUCGUCAGUGUUGCCAUCUAAUUGGAUUGUAAUCGUUCUAUAAUUGUCUUUACCGUUAUCAACGAUUUUCGCACUGGCGAGGGAAAAUGUUAUGAAGUUUUGGAGACCUGUAAUCUUUAAUACUACCUAUGAGUCCAGUUGUAUUCUGAAGAGGCUUCCGCCGAUAAAUCCCUGCUACAAACUCAAAGAAAUAGAGAAGAUACCUAGUUAUUAAGAGUUUGGAAGUAAAUAUAGCAGUAACAUGACACCUAGAAAGCGCAUUCUGUGAUUUUCCUUGCGAUGACGGCGGGAAUUUCUCACAAAGUUUUUCUUCUUAUCUAUACUAUUUAUUGAUUGCAAUAUUUUUAAAACAUGGAUAGACAUGGGAUGCAGAGUGGCCAUAUAAUUGGUCUAGAAAUCGCGUGUUUUUGUAAUGCUUUUAUUCUUGAGGAAAAUGCUUUCUUAUAUAGACACGUAAACAAUAUUUGAAAAAAACUGUCUAAAAUGUGACUCCUCAAUGAAAUUCAAUUAUCGUAAGUUAAGAGGAGAACCAAUUGUCCCGUGAAGGAAUGCAUCAAUAAUGAAACCGUGUGUCCGCACCCUUAUCUACAAGAACUCUUUGCUAAGACGCGGACCGCAAAACAGCGUGAAGCGGACGCCUAUUCACUUGUAUUGUGUAUGCUAACUUGUUUUAUUCAGAGUAUUUUUCUAACAAGCUUCCUCAUAAUAAGUUCUUUUGGUGAUAGUUGUGUUUACGUUGAGGGUUGCGACUUGAAUGCCCACCGAGUAUCGAUGAGCGAUUUUGACCUAAUGGUUCAACAACACUAAUUAGCUGUGAUUUAUUCUACUGGGGUUACACUCAAUUAAACUAGUUUUUAGCAAGGUCAAGAGAGCCAUUCUGAUAACUGUUGUCCUGAAACUACAAAACUUCUGUCUAGGUGCUUUAGUUUAUUAAAUUUUCACUUUUAUUAAGUGACAAACUUGCCGUUAUUGCGCAGCAUCUUUCCGCAAGGAGAUUUAAAUUAACAAGUACCAAAGCACAUUUUGCUACUAUAUCUCCGGUCGAAUGAGUUAAUCAUAAUCAUAUCAUAAAAAUCUAGGAAUUCAAAAAUAGACUCACAAUCAUAUCUGCAUAGUAUUAUAUAAAGGGUAUGCAUCUGUAAUAUUGGGUUGCGCGCGCUUAUAAGACGUCUCGAGUUAACGCAGUGAAUUGAAUACUUGUGUAUUGCAGGCUGAGGGUACAAGAAAAAGAAGAAGGAUUACACCUAUUAGACAGGUACGAUUCAGCCCACCAUCGCGAUGAUAAAUGUAACUGGGGCGUGUCCAAAUGAAACAUGGUGUCACGGAACACCUGCCAACGUGACUAUGGACCAUGCACACCAGCCGCUGCACGUGGUGUUUAAGAUUUUCCAAGCGAUGAUCACCAUCCUUAUCAUCAUCUUCGCGUUACUGGGCAACAUACUUGUGGUGUACGCAUUUUGUAACUACCACAGGCUGCGCGCUAAUGUGACCAACUAUUACAUAGUCAGUCUGGCGUUCUCUGACAUCCUCACUGCGGGGCUGGUGGUGCCAUUUGAGCUCGACCAGACUAUAAGAGACGGUAUCUGGACUCACGGGCGAAUCACGUGUCAGUUAUGGACCACGCUGUACCUGCUGGUUGUACCCGGAUCGAUCAUUAACUUGUGCGCUGUUACGCUCGACAGAUUCAUCGUUUUGCACAUGCCAUUGCGGUACACGACUAUAAUCACGCCAAGGAAGGCUAUAGUCGCGAUAGUCUGCCUAUGGACAUACGCUCUGGUGACGGCGUGCCUUCCUGUGUUAGGGUGGAAGGACCAGAACUACGACUACAUUCUGUUCAACGCGUGUUACUUUCCAUUACUCCAAGAGUACGUCAUGCUCAUCAACAUCACCAACUUUCUCCUGCCUAUGAUCUUUAUGGCUGUAUUCUGGUCCUUAAUCUUUAAAAUUGCCAAAAAGCACCAGAGGCGCGUCAAGAAGCUAGAACGCAGUAUGUCCAUGGUAGAGACGACAAUGUCGCUUAGUAUCAACGGCAAUGAAGCGCAAAAUGGGCGACCAAGUAUGAGUGAGGGCGGCAAGAAGAAGACGAUCCGUAAGCACCUGAAAGGGUCUAAGUAUAUCGCUAUCAUAGUCGGGACCUUCUUUAUUUGUUGGCUGCCUUACACAUUGUUAAGUCUUGGAGUAUCUAUUUGCGGGACAAAAUGCUUCCGGGGGACACCUCGGGAGGUCCAUAAUAUUCUUUUGUUGAUGGGCUAUCUGAAUUCUGCACUGAAUCCGUACAUGUACUCCUUUCACGAUAGACAAUUCAAAGAGGCAUUCAAGAACAUUCUGUUCAACAUACAAAGCCAUAAAGUGUGGGAUCUCUUACGGCGCGGCAAUAACGAAUGACAUUCAAGAAUGUAUUCUGAGGCUUGAAGAAGGCCUUUUCACGAAGGAAUUGCUUAAAGAUGAAUCUGAACACACAGACGAGCACCUCUAGUGCUUAUCCACUUGUUGAGCCUUACAAGUGGACACACCAGUCAUAAAUUCGACUAUGUCCUAGAUAUUUAGAUUUGUGACAUUCAUGCGGCCUUAUUACACAAAGGAAGAAUCAACAUUGCUUCAUGAAAAAGUUCACUCAAACUGAAGGGAAGAAGGUGCUUCGUUGCAGAGCAUCAACAGAGACGUUUCAUAGAGCUCAAAGUAUUUAAAGUACAUAAAAUAGUGUCCUGUCUGAAACAGGUGAAAAUGAGCGCCUACUACUACGACUGGCAAGCGCCUGACGACCAUUUAUCAAGUCUGCCCCUCUUAAUGGAUGAUCACACAGAAAACACUGUCUAUUUUCGUGUGUUGAGAUGGAUAGGGUACAACGCUGUUUCUAUUACUCACAGCUAAAGCUUUACACACAAACAGACAUAUAGAAGAAAAGAUUGGAUGGUCUGUAUUGACACUCGAUGACACGCUCAUUGUACUUUCUCAAGUGUAAAGUUUGGCCAUAGGUCGGAAUCUUUUUUUAUGAUAUUGUAUAUGAUUAUGUACAUGAUUAUCGGCCAUCACUUCAUUUCCACCUAGUUAGACGAUGCUGCGCCAGAUCCGCGUUUACUGUAUUCGUUGCUAAAAUGACGUUCUCAUGGUAACCAUCGAGGAUAUGAUAAUGCACACUUAUCAGGCGCGUAACUAGGGUGGCACAGGGAACGCGCUUACCCCCUUCCCCCUCAGCAGUCUUUUUUCCUUUAGAAUCGCGAAAUCUAAAACGUCUCAUGUGUCUCUUCCUGCGCGUCCCCCCUUGUCAAGUCCUAGCUGCGCGCCUACAAAUAACUACAUUGGUCAAGUAAUGAGAAAGAAACAUGUGAUGUCUAUAUGUAAAACAAAAAAAGAGAUGUUUUUCCUGCCAAUAAUCAUAGUAAUAUAUUAUUUUAUGAAUUGUCCAUAAAAAGAGGAAAAGCGUUUUUAUGAAGGGGUAUGUCAAUGUAUCAAAACUUAAAAGUUAAUUAUAAUUAAAUAUUCCUCAUCCGGA